AUGGAUCUCCUGAACGCUCUGCGUCCGCAGAGCCUCGCGGGCUCGAGCCGCUUCCCAGCAUACGCGACUCUCCCGACUGUUCCUACGACGCCCACUGCAGCCUCACAUAGCAACCUCAGCGACAUCGACGAGGCAGACUCCGACGCUACCCCGGUAGCAACCGGGUCCCAGUUUCGACUACCGACCCUCUCACGCUUCCUUGCCGACUUUACACUGGGCUUUGCCGACGGACUCACUGUCCCGUUUGCCCUUACCGCUGGGCUUUCGUCCCUCGGGCAAACCGAGACUGUCAUAUAUGCUGGGAUGGCGGAGAUCUGUGCGGGAAGCAUCAGCAUGGGAAUUGGCGGCUACCUCGCGGCGAAAGGGGAAAUGCCAACAAACAAAUGCGGAAGCGAUGCGUCAGCAGGCACGCAAGAAGAGGACGCGGAUCCCGAGAAAGCUGUGGACUCAGAGAGAGACGAGGCGGUAGAAAACUACCUUGCUCCUUUGGCAUUGCCCGAAGAUGUGCUUGAGGCUGUCCGGGCUCACGUACUGGGUCGACCGAGCAUUGCCCAUUCCUUGCAAGCAGUUUCUAUCGAGAGGGAAGGUGGUCCGGAGGGAAAAGGCUUUUCGCCCGUCCUAGUUGGGCUUUCUGUGUCAAUUGGCUACCUUCUUGGCGGUCUACUGCCACUCUCCCCCUACUUCUUUGUGAGUCAAGUGGGCGACGGUCUACUAUGGAGCUUUCUCGUUUGCAUCCUGGCAUUGUUCGCGUUUGGCUUCUGCAAACAUUAUCUUCUACAAGACGACGGUGCGGGUGGCAACUGGCCCAAACGAAAAUCACACUCCCCGCGUUGGCGGAGGGUUAGACGAAGUCUUUGGGAGGGCACCCAAAUGGUGAUACUCGGCAGCAUCGCCGCUGUGGCCGCUGUCCUUUGUGUCAGGAUUUUUGAAGCCAUGAAAUCGUAA